CAUGGGUCGUUGGGUUCUGCGCUCCCUCUGCUCUCCCAGUCUUCUCUGGACCUUAGACCGCCGUCAAGAUGAUGUACGGGGGCUUCUCCGACACCAAACCGGCCACAGCCGAGAUCCAGGAGAUAGCCGACAAGGUGAAGUCCCAGCUUGAGCAGAAGGAAAACCGGAAGUUCUCCGUCUUUAAAGCUGUGUCUUACAGGAGCCAGGUCGUGGCCGGCAGCAUCUACUACAUAAAGGUUGAUGUCGGUGAUGGUGAGUUCAUUCACAUGACGGUGUUGGAACCACUCCCUCAUGAGAACAAGCCGCUGUCCUUGCUGUCCUACCAGACCAAGAAGACCCAGGAUGAUGAGCUGGAAGACUCCUAACUCCUCAGUCCCUGUGCA